AUGUUUUUAGGGCAGGUACAAUUUGGCGUAUAUCGAGACGACUGUGAAGGGAUACAUCCCGACGUAAUCGAAGAACAUUACGGGGUCUACGGCCAUGUGGCAACUCAAUGGCAACACCAGACCGGAGCAGGACAUCCCAUGGACAAAGAAGACAGUGAUGAUGGCGAGGAAUCUCACAAUAUAGUACAGGCGGUCAAUAACCAACAAAGAGACCAUAUCCACCAUGAAGCCAUCAGUGUUCCAUUGCAAAGGAAUCCUUUCGUCAACGAAGGAACAUACCGGCAAUUUUCUGCCACUCUCACUGAAGUUAUAGCUGAAGACAUAACACCACACCAUUGCAGGCUGGCCACAGACGAGUGGGAAAGUAAUGAAUACCCAGUUUUUGAAACUAUUUCCAUCGGUCGUCAGGGAUCCAAAGAGCUUCAUGUGUCGCUUGGUGAAUUGAUGUGGUCUAAGCGAGCAAAGCUAUGGUGUCAAGCGUUAGUAGUGUUGUCAUAUUUUUUAGCUGCCGGUAGAGAGUGA